UUCUUCUCCCUGUUCCGUCCUCUCUCCCCCUCCCUCCGGAAACUGACUUUUUAAAAAACAAGGGGAAUGCAUUGGGGGGUAUUAUUUUUCUUAUUUUUUUUUUCAAAUUGCAUGUUAUUUUUUGUGUUGGGGCUGGAAGUCCUAGGUGAGAAGCCAGAUUCUGGCAAACUGAGUGAGUUAAAAGUGGGAGGCGAUUGGUCACAGGAGGAAGUUUGCAUCUCCAAGGAGGGGUUGCAUUUCUCACAAACAGCAGAUGAGGUGGUCGCCUUGUGACUGGAGGGGACUGCACUGUUUCUGACUGAAGAACAAAAGUCACUUAUGCCAACCUCAACCCCUGUAAUCACCUGGAUCUCUUCUUUCAUUUGCUGAAAGACUCUGAUCUUUGGAGUGACUUGCCAAGGCUUGAUGAUGGAAGACCCACUAGGCCUCAAAUUAGUGGAAGAGCCAGAAGGAACAGAAAAGGUCCCCCAUGUUGUUCAGAGUGGGAGUAUUGGGAAAUGCCCCAAGAAGACACCAGGGCAGCAAAAGGUUAAACAAGAACCGGGCGAAGGGAUCCUUCAGUGUUGGGAAGCCCAAUGGCAGCAGUUCCUGAAGGAAGUCGAGUCUCCUCAUUCUGGAUGGGGAAUCCCACAGUUGCCAGAGGAGCCCACCCCGUGGGACGACGCAAAGGCCUUCCUGGCCUCCUUUGAGCAAGUGGCCGAAGCCUGCCGGUGGCCCGAGGAAGAGUGGGUGGCCCGGCUCCUACCUGCUCUCAGUGGACAGGCUGAAUGGGCAUUUAGCAGCCUGGAUGUCAAAGACAAGGGAGAUUAUGUCAAGGUGAAGGCAGCCAUCCUGCGUGGGGACACCAUCAGCAGGGAGAAGCAGCGUCAACACUUCCGGCGCUUCUGCUACCAGGAGGCCGAUGGACCACGCGGGGCUUACAGCCGACUCCAGGAACUCUGCCACCGGUGGCUGAAAGCAGAGAGGUGCUCCAAGGAGCAGAUCCUGGAGCUGCUGAUCUUGGAGCAGUUCCUGACCAUCCUGCCAUCAGAGAUCCAGAGCUGGGUGAGGGAAUGUGGGCCAGACAGCUGCUCUCAGGCGGUAGCCCUGGCUGAAGCUUUCCUGCAGAGGCAGCAGGAAGCUGUGAGAUGGGAACAGCAGGAGCUGAUGUCACUUGAAGAGGGAGCUAUGAGUUUCCUGAAACCAGAGCAGGCUCCCACACCUCCUGACCAGACCCAGCUGCGCAGAGAAGCCAAGAAGGAGAGUGACACUGAUGCCAGCCUGUUAGAUCACAGGCGAGAGAAUGAGCAUGAAGAGAGGAGUCACCCUCAGGACAGACCAGAACAAGUGGAGCCAGAUUGGACAUCCCCCAAAAGAGCCACUGAGAGCAGAUCGCAGAGCCCUGGACAGGGGAAAGCUCCUCCAAAUCAGCACAGACCAAAGGUACCAGAAGACCAUGCAAGGCCCAGAUUGGUCGUUUCAGGAUCUUCUGUAGUGAACCAAAAAAUCCUCAGUGAGACUCCGUUGCUGCAGGUGCAGAAGACCAGCAGUGUUUCUGGGGAGGGUUUCAGACAGAGCUCAGGGGAAGGCAUCCACCUUCAGGAGAGGCCCUAUAAUAGAUGCCCCAUCUGCGGGAAAACGUUCAGCCAGAGCUCACACCUCAUUUUCCACCAGAGAACCCAUGACCUGGAGAAGCCCUACAAGUGUACCCAGUGUGGGAGCAGCUUCCACUCGCGCCAGGGCCUUAUUUACCACCAGAGAAGCCAUGCAGGAGAGAAGCCCUACAAGUGCUCUUUCUGCGGGAAGACGUUCAGCCAGAGCUCGCACCUGCUCGUCCACAAGAGGAGCCACACGGGAGAGAAGCCGUUCAAGUGUCCCGCCUGUGGGAAGUGCUUCAGCCGCAACUCGCUGCUCACCAUCCACGAAAGAACCCACACCGGGGAGAAGCCGUACAAGUGUUCCCAGUGCGGGAGCAGGUUUCAUUCGGGCUCCGGCCUCAUUAACCACAAGAGGAUCCACGCAGGAGUGAAGCCGUACAAAUGCGCCGAGUGUGGGAGGGAUUUUAUCCGCAAAGCGCACCUCAUUCGGCAUCAGAGUGUUCACAGUGACGACAAGAUGAGCACUUGAUCUGACUCUCUGGAGAAAGCUGCUCUCAAGAACUCCUGAGAUAGCCGAGAAUCCAGAGGAGAAAUUGGCCACAGCCUCUGUCCAAAUGACCCCUAUUUCACAGGGGUCAGGGUGGGGUUUUGGGACGAGGCCAUAGCUUAGUGGUAGCGCAUCUAUCUUUAUUGCAGAAGGUCCCAGAUUCAAUCUCUGGCAUCUCCAGGUAGGGCUGGGGAAAAUCCCUGCCUGAAAUCUUGGAGAAGCUGCUGCCAGUCGGGGUAUACAGUACUGAGCUAGAUGGAGCACUGACUCGAUAGAAGGCCUCUUUCUGCAUUCCUAUGUUAGGAAUAGCCUUCCAACCCCACAGCCUGUGGGGUUAGAAACACACUCAAAGUUCACGACAUAUCUUGAUCUCACAAGGGUGGCAUUUGAUCUCUCCAGUUGACUGACCUGAUUAGGAUGCUGCUCUCUGACAUUUAUCCAGGGUAUGCUGCAAAAUAUUGCUUGUAUUGUGGCCUUCACCAUUGUUUCUGGUCUGGGCUCUGCCUUAUGCAAGAGUUUGCUGGACAUUGCCCUCUCCUUUCUGGAAGUUUUCAGCGCAAAGAGAAAGAUGUCCCGGUUGUGUUCAGCACUUGGGAAAAUGGGGUAGAAAGAAGCCCUAUUC